AUGGAGGUGCAGGAAAGUGGCAGCAGCGCAGCGGAGACUGAUCCCCAGGACCCUUCCUCCGCGCCCAGCAAGGCAUCCAGCAGUACCGGUCACUACGAGCUGCCAUGGGUUGAAAAGUAUAGACCAAUCAAGCUGAAUGAAAUUGUUGGGAAUGAGGACACUGUGAGCAGGUUGGAGGUCUUCGCACGAGAAGGGAACGUACCCAACAUCAUCAUUGCUGGGCCCCCGGGAACUGGGAAGACGACAAGCAUCCUGUGUCUGGCACGAGCCCUGCUGGGCCCUGCACUGAAGGACGCUGUCCUGGAACUCAAUGCUUCCAAUGACAGGGGCAUUGACGUUGUACGGAAUAAAAUCAAAAUGUUUGCGCAGCAGAAAGUCACCCUUCCCAAAGGCCGGCAUAAGAUCAUCAUCCUGGAUGAAGCAGACAGCAUGACUGACGGCGCCCAGCAGGCCUUGCGGAGAACCAUGGAAAUCUACUCGAAGACCACGCGCUUUGCUCUUGCCUGCAAUGCUUCGGAUAAAAUCAUAGAGCCCAUUCAGUCCCGGUGCGCGGUGCUCCGCUACACCAAGCUGACGGACGCACAGAUCCUGAUGAGACUGAUGAAUGUGAUUGAGAAGGAGAGAGUGCAGUACACGGACGACGGCCUGGAAGCCAUCAUCUUCACCGCCCAGGGGGACAUGAGGCAGGCCUUAAACAACUUGCAGUCUACCUUCUCAGGAUUUGGCUUCAUCAACAGUGAGAAUGUGUUCAAGGUCUGCGAUGAGCCCCACCCCUUGCUGGUGAAGGAGAUGAUUCAGCACUGUGUGAAUGCUGACAUUGAUGAAGCCUACAAGAUUCUUGCUCACCUGUGGCAUCUUGGCUACUCCCCCGAGGACAUCAUCGGCAACAUUUUUCGAGUGUGUAAAACCUUCCAAAUGGCAGAGUACUUGAAACUGGAGUUUAUUAAGGAAAUUGGAUAUACUCAUAUGAAAAUUGCAGAAGGUGUCAACUCCCUGCUGCAGAUGGCAGGGCUGCUGGCCAGGCUAUGUCAGAAGACGAUGGCCCCAGUGGCCAGUUAGGGUGGAG